AUGAAAGGUGCUAUAGCAUUAGCACGUAAUAUUCUUCGUUCAUGUACAUUAAAUAAUUCAAUAAAUAUACGUAGACCAUUACGUUUUUUGGAUUUUCUUGAUUAUGAAGGUUUUAUGGCUCGUCUUCGUGCACGUGAACAACAAGGUCGUUCAUUACGUGUUUUAAUUAAUCCUAUCGAUGCAUCUGUUGAAGCAUCAUAUUCAUAUGCUCAUUUGACCCAUUGUUAUCAAAAAUAUACAAAAAAAUUAAUUAGAAAAUUAGAAGAAACUCGAAAAAAUCUUGAAGCAAAUCCUAAAUGGCCACAUAAAUCAAAACCUAUCACAGAUGAUGAAUUACGAUUUGCAUCAAAUUGUAUAGCACCACACGCUGUUGCACAAUUAUCAUUAGCAAAUCCAUGGCCAACAAGAGAAAUGAGUGGAAUUGAAGUUCGGGUUGAAGAUAUAUAUCCAUUUGAUUUAACAAAAUUUCUACCUCUACCAACAGUAACUUAUUUGAGUCAACAACUUACUCCAUCGGCUUUCAUUCGUAACAGUUUUCAUAUAUUAUGGAUAAUAGGUGAUAAAAAAAAUGAAAGUGUUGAAAAUCUUGUUAAAGACAUUCAAAAUUUACUAAAUAAUCCUAAAUUAUUAACACACACAGAUUGUGAUCAUAAAGUGAUUGUUGUUCACACAAUAGAAGAAGCUCAACAAUGGCUUAAAACUAAUCAAAAAUUAAUUCAAAAACCACAUAUCAGACUUAAAGUUGUUACUUUAUGGACAAUUCAAAAUGAUAAAACAGCAAUUGAUGUUAUUCGUGCUGUUCGUUCAGAAUUAUCACGAGUACCUGUUCUGAUUUUUACAAAUAAACGUGAUGAAAUACAAGGAGCACUUGAAUUUCCUAAUGUUAUUGCAACAGAUAAAGAAUUUGAAGUAAAAGAAUUUGUUGGAGUUAGUCAAGAAACACUUUGGAAUCCAGGUUAUCGAACAUCAUAUAUACAAAAUUAUGGAACGCCUUUACAUGCAUCAUCGCGGUCGAGUCCGUUAACUGGUGAUACAUCAGCAGCUUCCUCAUUGAAACCAAUGUUACUUUGGAUUGAUUUGUCUGAAAAUGAUCCAAAAACGACCAAUAGAAUACAACGAGACCAUCCAACAUUAGAAAUCAUCUUUAAACCUACAUAUAAAGAUGCUGAAGAAUAUUUAAAUAACAAUUUACGUGAUAUAAAAGAACAUGAAAAGUUUAUCACUAUAUGUCGAGGGUAUUAUGUACAAGAACAAAAAAGUUUUACUCAUGUUGUUCAACUUUUUGAGAAUCUUAACCUUGGAACAAGACCUCUUGCAGUUUAUACAAGAAAUAAAAAAAAUUUAUCAAAACACACACCAGAUCCUCCGAAAAGUGUUGAAAUUUUCGAUGAACAAAACGCUUUACUUGAUUUUAUUAAUCGUCAUUUAAAAGAAUAA